AUGUGUGACGCGACUUUGCUUCAUUGUCAUCAUUUUCAGAGGCCAGGUGUUCUUCACCACGAGUACGAUUCCUCAGAAGAGCUAGACGCGCACACUGAAAUGGUCGCUCCUAAUGUCGAUGCUCGUAUCGUUGAGAGACAGGAUUCUUUGGCCCGAGCAGCAACGCUGCAGGAAUAUAUAACCCAAGCGACGGGCGUUCCUUCAGAGGAAACUGACUUGGACGAUUAUGAGUUGCAAAAAUGGAGUAUCCUCAUCAAGAUGAUAAAACGCACCCGUACGACAGCUAUGAUCCAUUCGCUCAUGAAUAUCAAAUUUCCAAACUCAGGUUUUGGGAGAUCGUCGAACAUAAUCACACAGAUCUCGUAAAGUGUGGUGUAUCUUCGUUAUCAUCGGUGCUCUCAUAUCGUGGCUUACCCCUUUCCGCUUUAACAUUGCCACAACAAUAUUGUUACAGGUGUACAGAAGUGCUUUAACUUGUUGUUUGUCUUUGAAGUCCUAAGAUUCUGCUAGAGUUUUGGGUUUAACCCAUUAGUUAGGAUAUUGAAGUUGCUUUGCCCAGUUCUCAUUUUUAUGACCUCAUUGAUUUUGUCUGUUUUAACGAUUUAAUGC